AUGCCAUUCGACACAACCGUCAAAAAAGUCGCUGUAGCUGGCGCAUCUGGCCCAGUAGGCCAAGCAAUCGUCACCGAGCUCCUCAAAUCCGAACUCUUCGACAUCACAAUCCUAACCCGUGAUUCCACCACCUACCAAUCACUAUUCGCCCGCGCGCUCAAAGUAAUCCAAGUCGACUACACCUCUCUCCCCUCUCUAACCCACGCCCUAACCCACCAAGACGCCCUGAUUUCCGUCCUCUCCCCCCGCGCCAUCCCCACCCAAAAACUCCUCAUAGACGCCUGCAUCCAAGCCCACGUGCACCGAUUCCUCCCCUCAGAAUACAGCUAUGAUUUCUAUUCCCCGCGCAUCCACUCGCUCUCCGCCAGCAAGCAACUCUUCGCCCAAAAAAUCGCCAUCGAGGAAUACCUCAAAGAGCAAGCCACCCACACCUCUCUAAGCUACACCCUCCUCUUCAGCAACCCCAUCCUCGAACUAUCCCUCAAAAAUAACCUCUUCUUCGAUUUCCAAUCCCGCACCGCGACCCUCAGCCCCCAAUCAAAAACAACCCCCAUCUCCCUCACCACUCUCCCUAGUCUUUCAAAAGCCGUCCGGAGAAUCCUCACCCACCCACGCGAAACGGCAAAUCGACCUAUCCGCAUCAAAGAUAUCGACAUCUCCCAUGAAAAACUUUUGUCAAUCGCCCAAUCACUCACACCCGGUCAAGAAUGGAACAUUCGCACCGACGCAAGCUCAGAUUCGGACUCGAGUUUUGAUUUCGGAGGGAAUUUCGAGCGCGUGCAUAAUAGUGUUUUUGGAAUCAAGGAGAUGACGCUAGAAGAAUUGGAGGAAUUAGUAAGAGUUGCGUGUGGAGUAGAAAAGUCAUAA